GGAUCCCUAACCACUGUAUCAGGUUUUCUGUACGGAGCCAUAACGGCGUUGUACCAGAUUAAACCAGCAUUGACAGGCGGACGGUUCCGCACCAACGGUAUGGUUGCUAUGCGUAUCUGAAAAGUACCAGUUAGUAAACGAAUCAUAGAAGAAAGAAGCACUGCAUGAAGACAGCUGCCUUGUGAAUUGAAACACCCUGUUUAAUGGAAGAGGCUCCCAGCAGCACCUACCAGGAUGAACUGGAAUGGUGUAUCCGACAACUGGAGCUUGGAUUGCUUCAGCAUAAUGCCAGCUCAAAACAAGUGCAAGAGGCCCAGUUCACUCUGAAGGUGUUGCGAUCCCAGAAGGCACCGAUGGUGAAAAAACGGCAGGUCAUGAAACAGGUGUUUGGAGAUUAUCGGCAGCUAAUGACCAAAGAACGUCAAAAAGCAGAGAGACUGGCCAAGAAACCUAUGAAAGCGCAAAUCAAACAUGGAGACUCUAAAAGUUCUGGGAGUGUCAUUUACAAGAAGUGUAUGAGUGAAAAUUCAGAGUCACCAAGAGAGUUGUUUACUUCAUCAGACAACAGUUUCCAGUUUAAUUUCUUUCCUUCUGGGUGCUCUGAUGCAUUAAGUGAGCUGCCAGCUGCCAGUGCAAGUAGUGCAGCUGGCACAGACUGUAUGUCUUUGCCUGAGACCUCUGUCAGCCAGCGGCAUUGUGAAAAAACUGACCCGUGGAAAAAACUGGAAGUAAGAAGACAUGAGACUGGAAACUUGAUGGCUACAGUGCCUGGUGAUCAGGAGUCAGAAUUUGCUUUUAAUUUUACCAUCCCAAAAGAGGACGUUGAUAGUGAUCAAUGGAUGGAGUUUUCAGGGAAAGUGCCAUUAUUCGAUCAUGGUACCACACAACAAGAAAAGCCAUCAGGGUGCAGAGACAUUUCUGCAGCUCAUGUCUCAGAAGUCAUGGAGUCAAACUGCAGUGGUAAAUUGCAGUCUUUAGUUUUAGAUCCAGCUGUCACAGUAACAGGCUGUUGUAAAGAAGUUAGUGAUAUGGUAGAGGUAUCCCAGAGUUCACUGCAAAAGAAGAAAAAGAAAAAGCAGUCAGUUGAGUAUUCUGAUGCAAGCAAGAAACCAAAGCCAGAAGCCACUUUAGAAAUGCCAAAAGACACUGCUGGUUUCCCACUGCAGACCCCUGAAGAACAAUUAAAGUGUGAGGUGAGCUGGUGUGUAGAGCAGCUUGAACUUGGCCUGAGAAGACAGCAGUCCAGUCAGAAGCAAGUGAAUGAAGCUCUCCAUACCUUGAAAACGCUGCGUAGUGAAAAGGCACCUCUCGUGAAGAAACGUCAGAUGAUGAGAGCGAUGUUUGGGGACUACCGGAAGAAGAUGGAAGAGGAGAGGCAGCAGCAGCUGAAGUUAAUGCAGACAGCAUCCAAGUCUGCUCGAGUAGUAGCAGUGAUGUCCAGUACAAAAAGCAAAGUUUUCCGCAGAUGUAUGGAUUUUUCUGGAAGAAAUAGUACACUUGUGAAAUCGCCAUCCUGCACUGCUGUGGAAAAUAGAGUCCAGUGUACUGCUGAGGCCACAUUUGUAUUUACCCCGGCAAAAAAAGAGUUCAAGUUCAAUUUCUUUUGAGGAAAAAGUUUUGCUGGAAAGCUGCUGUGUACAUUAUUCAUGUUAAAUCAUCUUUAGAAAUCAGCUUUGGCAAAGUUUGCUGUUGCACCAGCCCUAUGUUACUCGAAUGUCGCCAAAUGUUCAUGCACUUGGUAAGAUUGAGUAUCUGAGGGAUUUCACAUCCAGCCAUGCCUGUAAAUUCAGAAGCAAACAUUUAUAGAAUGAUAAAGUAGAGCACGAAAGAUGAAUCUCUCUGAAUAAUUUCCAGUCAGCAGAUGAACUAGAAACAGGAAAAAUUAAAAAUAUUGAAAAUGUUAUUUUAUUUUUAUUUAUAAAGUUGAUUAACACGGAGAGUUGUAUUUACUUGUAGAUCAUUUGCAGUACCAAGAAAUGCCCUUUUAUGCAAAUAAUAAUGGGAAAAUAGCAAUAAAGUUUAGGUUUAAUAAUAGGUCAUUUACUUAGUAUCAUGGUAAGCAUCACAGUGGCUUGUAAUUAGGUUACCAUGAGGAGGAAAUGUGUAGACACAGUCACACCUACUGUAGACUUAACAAAACAGAAAGAAAACUUCAUUCUUCCAUACAGAAUCGUGCAUAGCAUGUUUAAUAGAAUUUAAUUUCUUCUAUAAGUGAGAGGUAGUUGUCUUAUAAAUGAUGCAUUAAUUUAGAUGAGAAUCUCUAAAUGUGUACUUGGUAUACAGGAGGGUAGAAAAUAGAAGUAUAUUCACUGAGGCACAGAAUACAGAAGAUUUGCAUAUGGCAGUAAAAACUGGUAUACAGCAGAGCUUGUUUAUGGUUAUAACUGUUCAGUGUGUAGGAUACACUCGGGGAAUAAAAGAUGCACAAUAUGUACACCACAAAGCAGUGUGAGUACGUAGUGUGCAGUGCAGCAUAAGAAAGAUCUUACUUUUAAGGCACAGUAGUUGUAGGUUAUCCAGGAUGCUGCUUCCUAGGACUUUUACUUCUAAGCAGAGGUUUCCUAGAGCAUUACUGUUUGCUGUGCCUGUAGGCAGUUCUUUAUUACACUUUGAAGGGAGAUGUUGCUCAGCCUUUCACGUUUGUUUUUGUCAAGUGUGAUGACAGAGUUUGAACUGUGAAGAGCAGCUUUGAGAUACAUUUCCUUGAUUUUAUUCCAAUAAUUGAAAUGCUUAUUUGUGAAUUUUCCUUCACAGUAAACUUCCUGGGUUUCUGACAGAAUGUUGCUUAGUUGAUCAUUUUCUUAUUUUCACAUUGAGUUUGUUUAAUUAUGUUUUGGUUACAUCUUGACUUCUAAACCAGAUAAGUGUCCUUUUGGUAGUUAAGUCAAUCACCUUUUUUGAUUUUAUUGCUUGGGGCCUAAUCAUACUGCCUAUUUUGCAAGAGAUUUAGUGAGGUUAUGCCUAAACACUGUGAGUGCUAUCUGAAUAGCCUUCUUAGCUGAGAUACAGAGCUUACUCAGACAGGCUUGUUCAUCUAACAGUUAUAAUCACCUUUCUGGCAUGAUUAAAAAUAAAUAUGGAGAAAAGAGUAGGGAGUCUGAACACGAGAGAAAGUGGAAGGCAAAGUAAACAUUUGGACAAGAAAGGAAAAGGCUAAAAUUUCUGGAGAGUCCUGAACACCUUGAAAAAUGCAGGCCCAUCACCUGGCAAGCACCACUUUAGAAGCCUGUUGCACAAUGAUCGAAACUUUAGGCUUGGCUGCUUUUCCUACUGUUAUAAGAAUACCACUGUGAAUUCUACAAUUAUUUUUUCCACUUCAUCCUGUUAGGAUAGGAGGCUUGUAAGCUGUCAGACUUGUGCUUGGAUAGAGGGGCACUAGUGCUUUAGGCUUCUUCCAUACCUAUCAGCCAGUAGGCAUUAAAAAUUGGUACAAAAAUCCUUGACAAAUAGGUACAUCCUGUCAAAAUCUGUCAUCUAAUUAGCAUAACAUUUGAAUUCCAAAUAGCACAUAACUCUUCCCACUUCUUAUAACUCCGAAACAUAUUUAAAAAAACAGAGUAGCAGAAUGAUGGAAAAUAUAAACACAUUAUCAAAGAGAUGGUGUAAAAUCUGUAGACUUUAAUGGACUGUAUUGCAAAAUUAUACUACACAAAGUCAUUUAUUCUUUUCUGAAAAGGAGAUGUUAGAUGUGUGUCCUGUUUAAAUUAUUAGUGCCACUAGUAUGUUGGUCAUAUAGUGUGGGUGUAUAAGACAGUUUCAAAUAUUGUGAGAUGAGAUGGGGUUCAGAAAAUUGUGAGAAGCUGUAAAUUAUGCCUGAAAAUAGAAACUUUCCUUCAGAAUAGGGACAGUUAUGAUAUCAGGUUCCUACCCUUUUGCUGACCCCAGUACCAAUUCCCACAUUUAUUAAGUUUGAUUAGCUGGAGCUUACUGUAGUGACAUUGUAGUGUGCCUUGUUUGGUGGAGCCCAGUUUUGGUCACUUUAACCUCAAACUAGAUUGUAGCAGCCCCUUAGUGCCUGAACACUACAUAAUAGAGGAUAUAGAAACUUAUUAGUCAGAUGUCACACGUUGGCCUUUCCAAUGUCUUCCCACCUUGGACAGCCUAUCAAAUCUAGGCUUAUCUGACAUUUGACCCCCUCCUUGUUCUACUGAUUACUUUGGCCAAGACUGAUGUCCUUCCCUCCAGUUGACACAAACCAACCUAUAACUUACAUGAUGCUUUCUUCUCAUUGCCAGCAUCCCUGAUGUCUCAUCUACCAGCAGUAGUGUUCCAUAUACCCUUGAUGUCAGGCUUCCUCAGUGCCUGGUACCAGCCCAUAAAGCUUCAGCUAGCCAUCUCCUUCAGUUUCUGUGCCAUUAGUCUACCAGUAAAUGCAGUGCAUGGGGCUGACCAGCCUAUUCCUUUGAAGUCUUCUAGUGGGUUUUCUGAAGUUAGAAGAUUUAAAAUUUGGCUGGCUGGUGACUUACAAGUGCUGGUCUGUCUGUGCUGGCAUAUUCAACAUUAAUGAUUAGCCUUCUAUCACUCCCGCUAAACAGGGCAUGCAGUAUUUCUCUGCUUCAUGUUCAGACCUUCUACAGAAUAAGAAGAACAACUUGGUUGACUUGUCUUCUAGAAAGUGAAGGGAAUCAAUCUAUGAUGGCCUGUCCACAUGUGCUGGUGAAAAAGAGGGAGUCUCCUCUCCAUGCUUCUGAGGUUUGCUAAGAUCCUAUAUUGGAUGAAAGAGCUAAAUCUUUAAUAAAUUACUUUCUUGGAAUUCGUUUUGGACACGUCUCUAGCAUAACUUAUAUUGGUUAUAAAUUUUAUUUUAUGUUAGUGCUGCAUUCUUUUUUGAUCAUUAUAUAUAGAGCUAACUGUGUACCUACAUCUGCUUCAGUAUUGGCAAAAGCCAUCCUCAGUCUUAAACGGAGGAUAACCCAACAUCUUUAUGCCAUCUGGACCAUGGACCACAGCAGCCCCCUAUCAAGCACAGUUAUAUUUGAAAAGGUUUUGUCAAGUUUUACUACUUUGUACUGGAACCACAAUGAAGGCAAUAAACCAUGACUGCAAAGAAGGAACUACAAUAGCACAUUUUUUUUAAAUGCUUGCCAGUUCCUGGUCUGAACACUGUUAUUUUAAUCUAAGGGAUACUUCAAUUAAGGCCAAUAAAAUAUAAGAACUUUUAUUAAUAUUCAGAAAUUGCAACUGCUCCUGCCUUGAUUGGAGCACAUUUUGCAUGUAGUCCAGCAUUUUCCAGACCUCUAAAAUUUUAAACUUAAAUAAUCAAGACCUAAUAACAUCAUGUACUCUCUUUCAAAUGGACUGCACAUUAUUUGUAUUUAUCUGAGCACUCCUGUUGUCUUCUUUCUUUUUGACAGCUUGCUUUCACAGUGUUUUUUCAAGUUGCUUGUUUUUUUCAUGACGGAGUUUUUACAUUGGUUAUAGGAGCUGCACUUAACCUUUACCCAUGGACCAGCUAAGACAGCAUCCAGUACUUCCUCAGGAUGACUUCAUCAGACACUGAAACAGUGGGCAUAACUAUCCAAAUGAUUUUAUUAAUCCUGGCUCCCCACACUCAGUACUACUUGAGAAAACUACACCACACUCUAUGUAUGCCAUCUGCCUGUGUUAGACAACACCUUGAACUCCUCCGAUAUUUUAAGGACUAUAUUCAGUUUUAUUUUAAAAAAUGUUACAUUUUUUCACCUUAUACCCAUUAUUAGGGACAAAAAUGCUGGUUUUGGUUAUAUUUUCUGAUUCUCGUUUGUGCAUAUCCCUGUAACCAGUGUUUGUCCAUCACAGGCUCAUAGUGCUGAAGGCUUCACACCAUUGGUUCAUCACCUGAGACCGUUAUUGUUUUUCUUUAUAUCUAGAAAAUAAAGCCUGUUGUUUGAUACCCCAACUUUGUGGAAAUUCUCUCAUGCCAAAUUAGCUACCACUGCUAAGCAAUCACAACUGCUGGCUGUUCAUUAGACAUUCCCUGACUGGCCUGAUCCUACCUCUCUGCAAGGGUCAUUCUGCUCCCAUGCAAAUUUCAUGAGGUGUUCUCUAGCUUGCCUAAUUUUCCACAUCCAUGAUUGGCUUAUUCUGCUACUAGGAAUGUCAUCCCACUGACCAAGCUUUUUCUGUCAAUCCACUGCCAUCCUUUUCUCCUGCUCACUACUCCUAUGACACAUCCCUGAUUGCCUUAACUGUUUAUAAUGUAAAAUUUAUUUGGUUUCUAGCUUUUAAGUCUUUAACUUUCUGAAUCUGAAGUCUUGUAUUGAUGAAAAUCCUUAUCUAUUUAAAGUAUUUUGGAAAAAAAAACAUUAAAGGCUGUUUUUGAAAGGAA